GUUACACACUUCCACUGAAUUCUUCUCGUGGGUGUGGCCUGAACGACAGGCAGCUCUGUUGACUUUCUCCCCAUUCAGUGUCCUGGUGUGCUGUUGCAUGGGCAGUCCUCAGCGAUGAGGCCCCAGGUAAUCUGCGCGCGUUGGACGCGCAGCCGUCUCCCGCGCAGGCCACCUGCUCCGCUCGCUGCUGCCCUCGGCCGCUGUUCUCCCGAGGGGACCGCCCCUGGGCCGUGAGGGACCGGAAUCAUGCUUGGAGAGGCCUCGAUUGCCUCCCAGGUCUGCGGGAGGCCCGCUGUGUCUUCGCUUCCCGCCUCCCCAAACGCUGGCAGCUUUUGCGGGGCGGUGACUCGGAGGGACCCGCGGCCUCGGGAGGGCGGGCAGUUUCCGCCGAGCCUGGAAGUGGAGACAGGGCGCCGCCGAACACCUGGCCUCCUGUCCGGUUGCUUCUCCGAGUUGCAGGGGUCUUGCGGCGGGAGCGCGGAGGGAGCAGAGAGAUACUCCGCAGAGCUCUUCCGAGCCGGAAGACUCGAAGACCCAGCUUCCGGUCCACGUCUGAACCAAGAGGCUGAGCUGGUGGAUGCGGUACUUGGUGAGUGAGCCGCGUGCGCGCCCGGGGCGCGUGCACUCCAGGCAGGCAGCAUGCUCCCUCCGGGCCGCAGCCCCUCCCGCGGCUGGGACCUCCUCCGAGCGCCGCUGGCUCCUGCCUCUGCUGGGGAAGUACUCUGAAGUCUCAACCGUGGGGUGGACGCACCGCCCGAGACCUUCCAAUCGGGACUCCAGAUCGCCGUUCCAGGGACUUCCCAGCGCUGCUUGGAUCUGGAUGCCGGGGUGGGGAUCUCCUCCCCCAAACAGAACGCUGGUUCAACACUGACCCGAGGAGAUCCAAGGUGCUUCGAAGACCCCUUGGAGAUCACAGUCUACGGACGAUGCUACUCGAGGGAAGGACACAAUGGAUUUAUCCAGGUGUUGGUCGAGUGGAACUGAUGCCGCCAGGACGCAAGAGAGAGGCUUGGGCGGGCGGGGCCCUCUGCGCAACUCAGACCUGAGGCCAGGAAAGCCCUCGAGUCUGGCGCUGGGAGGAACUGAAUCUUGUUGCUGACGCACCGGCAAAACCGCCGGCCCCCUGCCAGGCGACUCUGGGCUGGGGGCUGCAAGUCCAAGGUCGAACUGUUCAGGCCCACAUCCCGCAGCGGCCCUGAGGCAUCCCUGGGGCGCACGACCAUGGGCAGGGAUCCUCCGUGUUGAGACCCUUUGGAGGCUCGGGACUACUUCGGCUGGACCGGGGCCGCUCCCAGACCACGAUCGGGAAUUUCUCCAGAUGCCCUGUGGCUGGAAAUGCAAGUUGUAACCUCGGCUCUGCGGGCCCUGGCGACCCGCCACGGCUCCCGAGCCCGGCUUUGCCCGAAGUGGUCCGGGCCUCUCUUGAAACCCGGAGGCCUCACAGGCACCGGAUUCUGUCUGCAUAGCCGGAAAACUCCUGGACGCGAACCGGAAAAGUUUGGAAAACACACCGACCGCAGACGGAUGGGAGGAUCGGGCGGGGCCAGCGCUCCUCCCCCGCCUCCUUCCAGCCGCUAGACGGGUUGAGCCCUCCACCCACGCCGCCCGGAGGAGGGGGUCCAGGAGCAACUGGGACACCAGGCUCACAGGGGAACAAGACAGACAAGUCGUUCCCUUAAAUCUCCGCGAUCUCGUAUAAAGAGGGUGGGAGGGGGCAGAGGGUCACACCGAUCUCUCCCCUUCCCUCUCACCUCGCUGCUAGGUCUUCAGGGCCCUUGUGGAGGUGGUCUCGUCCGGCAGAGCGAGCGGCAUUCGCGGGCUCCGGAAAGCUCCCGAGACCUUGCGGAGCGGCAAACAAGGCUCCCCCACCCAGGCCGCAGCCCCGGUCUGUCUCCACCCCACCCGCCCUCAUCCUCGGACCCGCCCGGCGGCCCGGAGCCCGCAGCGGGCCCUCCUACUCUCCGGGGACUCGCGGACGAGCAGUUGCCUUCUUCUGCAAAGGACGAUGGGCUGAGCCUGUUCUUCUCCAGGGGCCGGAAAACCGAGAUCCUGGCCAGGCCUUUCGGGUCGAGCGUUUGCACUUGCAGCAGGAUCUCGGUCAGCUGCUCGAAGUGCACGAUUUGGUGCCUGGGUUGUGCGCGCCGCGGGAAGGGGGCGCCGGAGGGGCAGGUCGGGCUGCUCCGGGCGCAGGGGCGAGACUGUACCCCGGCCGUGCGCGCGCGCGGGAGGAGGAGGAGCUCGCCCGAGCCGGCGGGUGGAGCGCGCCCCCGCCAAGCACUCACCUAGGAUCUUUUCCACCUGCUCUACGGGUUUGCAGGUGCUCCCCUUGGAACCAGUAGAGAAGGAUGCGCACGCAGGUCGAUGAGUGCCCGUCGCGUGAAUACGGGGCGUGGUGGGUCAAAAAUAAAAGAGAUCCAGAGCUCAACAUACACCAAAAUACAGAUAAUAAAAGGGUACCCUGAAGCAGAAGUAAGAAUUUUUGGCACCAAGGCAAUGCAGAGCAAAGCGAAAACAGUGAUAGAUAAUCUUGUUCAAAAACAAGAAGACUACAAAACAGAACCCAAAGUUGAUGUUGCUGUUGUCCAACCUUCGGAUGGAAAAGAUGCAAGGAAAGAUGUUUCAGGAAAUCAGAAAUUGGUUGAUUGGGAUAAGUUCCGAGAAGAUAUUUUGAAAUGCAACAAAAAAAAGUGGGCAGGUUUACCUCCAAUUAAGAAAAACUUUUACGUGGAGUCAGAAACAACAAGUUCAAUGUCACAAGACCAAGCAGACAAUUGGAGGAGGGAAAAUUAUAAUAUAAUGUGUGAUGACUUGAAAGGUGGUGAGAAACGUCCUCUUCCCAACCCUGUUGGUAAUUUUGAGGAUGCAUUUCACUGUUAUCCUGAAGUUAUGAGAAACCUUCAAAAGGCAGGUUUUCAAAGGCCAACACCAAUUCAGUCACAGGCAUGGCCAAUCAUUCUGCAAGGAGUAGAUCUUAUAGGAGUAGCUCAGACUGGAACGGGGAAGACAUUGUCCUACUUAAUGCCUGGAUUUAUUCAUAUUGACUCACAACCUCUAGCCAGGAAUGGGCCGGGCAUGUUAGUCCUCACCCCGACUCGAGAGCUAGCUCUGCAAGUGGAAGCUGAGUGCCGUAAAUAUUCAUAUAAAGGUCUUAAAAGCGUUUGUAUAUAUGGUGGUGGCGAUAGAGAUGGACAAAUAAAAGACUUAGCGAAAGGUGUCGAUAUCAUUAUUGCCACUCCCGGAAGACUCCACGAUCUACAAAUGAAUAACUUUGUGUACCUGAAGAGCGUAACCUACCUGGUAUUAGAUGAAGCUGACAAGAUGCUGGAUAUGGGAUUUGAACCCCAGAUAAUGAAGAUUUUAUUAGAUGUACGCCCAGACAGGCAGACAGUCAUGACAAGUGCAACGUGGCCAUGUGCUGUCCGUAGACUUGCACAAUCUUAUUUGAAAGAGCCCAUGAUUGUGUAUGUUGGUACUUUGGAUCUAGCUGCUGUAAGUACCGUGAAGCAAAAUAUAAUUGUCACCACAGAAGACGAGAAACGAUCGCUUAUCCAAACUUUCAUCGAGAGCAUGUCUCCCAAAGACAAAGUCAUAAUAUUUGUUAGCCGGAAAGCUGUGGCUGAUCAUUUAUCAAGUGACCUGUGUAUCCAGCAUAUAUCAGUAGAGUCUCUGCAUGGCAACAGAGAACAGAGUGAUCGAGAGAGAGCAUUAAAAAACUUUAAAACAGGGAAAGUGCGAAUACUGAUUGCUACCGAUUUAGCAUCUCGUGGUCUUGAUGUCCAUGAUGUCACACAUGUCUAUAAUUACGAUUUUCCCCGGAACAUCGAAGAAUAUGUGCACAGAGUAGGGCGCACCGGGAGAGCAGGGAGGACCGGGGUAUCUGUUACCCUUAUCACUAGAAAUGAUUGGAAGAUUGCUGGUGAAUUAAUUAAUAUUCUGGAAAGAGCAAAUCAGAGUGUCCCAGAGGAUCUUGUGGUGAUGGCUGAGAGAUAUAAAGCAAAUAAACUGAAAAAAGAAAUGGAAAAUAAAUGGGAAAGACCCCAAGGAAAACCCAAGAAGUUUUAUUGUUAACGUCUAUGUUGAAAAGUGGUACCAGCCUACUUAAAAGAGAAUUCAAGAUUUUUUUUGAGACAUAUUUAUUUAAGAUACUGUGGAAGUAUUGGAAGCAUGCUGGCAGUAUGAAGAGAUGACUGAUUCUUAAAAUAAUAGUGUUUAAAAUGUAGAAUUCAGUAUUUUAUACUUUAAUAAGAUCAAAAGUAUUUAAACUUGAGUUGAAAAUUUUUUUAUCGA